CCGGACAAGGGCCUGUGGGCGUGGGUGGCCGCGGCGUGCGUGCUCUCCAUCAACACCUUCAGCUGGGGGGCGAACUCCGCGUUCGGGGUGUACUUGAGCUACUACACCACGACGGACUUCUUCCCCGGGGCCACGAUGGAGCAGUACGUGAUGAUCGGCGGGCUCGGGUUGGGGCUCUCGUUCAUCGUGUGCCCCGUGACCAACUCGCUGUGCCGGCGGUACAACUACAAGUGGGUCAUGUCUGGCGGCUCGGCGCUGGUGUUCCUCGCCUACUGGCUGGCGUCCAUCUCCACGACGGUGGUCCAGCUCAUCAUGUUCCAGGGCUUCCUGAUGGCGAUCGGCUACGCCCUGGUGGCCGGCUCGUGCUUCGUGAUCCUCCCGACGUGGUUCCUCAAGCGCCGGUCCAUUGCCCAGGGCAUCGCUGCCUCCGGCGCCGGCCUCGCCGGCAUCAUCUUCUCCCGCCCCGUGGAUCAGAUCAUCAAGAGCUACGCCUUGAGACUCGGCAUAGCCUGGGCCUUGCGCAUGGAAGCCCUUGUCUGCGGUUUCUCCCUCGUGGUCUGCAUCUGUCUUUUGCGCACAUACAGACCUUUGAUCAACGAGGAAUCCAAGAAAAAACCUUUUCUUCCAGAGUUGUACUCGUACCUCUUGAGGUUCGACUUGCUUAAACAGCCGCCCCUGAUCUGCAUCAUCUCCUGGAACAUGGUCUACGGCUUGACCUACACCAUCUUGUUGUUCUCCCUCUCCUCAUACGCCUCCUCCAUCGGCUUGUCUUACAGACAGGGUUCCAAUGUCACCACCGUCCAGAGCGUCGCCCAAGCCAUCGGCAGACCCCUCACAGGAAUGUGUUCCGAUAAAAUCGGCAGAGUCAACACAACCAUCAUCUUCACCCUCAUCAUCACCAUCCUCAUCUUCUUCUUCUGGAUUUUCAUCACCACAUACAGCCAGCUUCUCGCCUUUGCCUUCCUUGCAGGGUUCAUACUCGGCGUCAACUGGGUCAACUUCGGGCCCAUGACCGCAGACAUUGUCGGCGCAGGCCCCGACUUGACAGACGCCAUCUCCAUCCUCAUGUUCACAGGAGGAAUACCCCAGCUAAUUGCCGAAUUGGUCGGCUUGAAACUCAGACGCCCCGAAUUGUCCAAACCGUUCCUCUACUGCCAGAUCUUGUGUGGCGUUGCCGGUUUGGUAAGUGCCUUGCUUCUCUUUCCCCUUAGAGAAUGGAAAGUGAAACGU